GGCUGUGGUGUAGAUGAACAUGUAGAUGUUUAUUUUUAUGUGAUCAUAUGAAGCAGGCUAAUUCUUGCUUUUGUCAGAUGUAUCGUUUAAAUUAUGUAUAGACGGAACUGAUGAGGAGUAGAAAACAUACCUGCAGGAUUUAUAAUUAACUGACUGAAUCAUGUAUGGCGCUUUGCAGUAUUAUUAAGUAAAGAUGAUGGAAGAUUUCUCAGGUCUGGCUCUUCCUCCGCUGUUCGGGGGUCACAUUCUGGAAGCGGAGCUGGAGACGGGCGGCGUGGAGCUAGGCCCCAGCGGCACUGAGCUCCUGGAUAGCGAUGGGGCCCCGUCGGGCCCCGCACAGGACAGAGAAGAUGAGAGGAGAGAGCUGGACCACAGCAAGUAUCACGCUCUCAGCAAGAGGUGCAAAGAGAUUGAGCAGGUAAAUGAGAAGAUUUUGGGACGCCUUCACCAGGUGCAGAGACUGACACGCCGACUGAGGAAAGAAAGAAAGUUUCUGAUGAAGACUCUGGACUCGUAUGGAGAUGAUUACAGGACAGCACAGCUCACCAUCACACUGGAGGAUGAAGGGAAGGCAGGUUUAGAUUCAGCUGUGGGUGCUGAUGAAGACAGCUCUUCUCCAACGUUUCCUCAUCAGUCAGCAGCUGGACCAAAGAAAAAGAGGCACCGGGUCCCAAAGGACCGAAAGCGAGACGCACAGAUGGAGUCGGAGCAUCCGGUCACGGCACAGGAUUCUUCAGUCCUCGCUGAUCCCAGACCAGACGAGCACACUGAGGCUCAUUAGCAUGCGGGAAAUCACUCAACUGUCUUUCAGGAAUCAAUAAGAAUUUUUUUGUUGCAAAAUUAUGCAUUUUUUUAAAUAAAUCUUUUUAAUGCAACUCUUCAGCAUUCGAGGUCAAUCUUUUGUAAUGAUGACAACAUUAAGGAAUUCUGACAGUUUAAUGAAUGGAAAUGCAGCUUGCUUUUUUUUUCUCACAAAUUGAAUUCCACAUCAGGACAAAUGAAGGCGGAAGUCUAUCGGUGUUUGCCGUAUCUGUUGAAGCGGCGGUACAGGAAGCUGAUCCUCUUAUCCAGGCUGUGCUUGUCCUCGGUCAGCA